AAAAGAGCACCACCAUGUCAUCAUCAUUCUCAGACACACUCCAGUUUCGUUUCUCCAGCCCCGUCCACGAUGACUCCAUCCUGCAAAAGAUGAGCCUGCUGAGAGAGGACCGACGCUUCUGUGAUGUCACCCUCGUCCUCGGAUCAGGGUCGUUCCGCUUCCCGGGUCACCGGGUGGUCCUGGCGGCCUCCUCUGCCUUCCUCCGGGACCAGUUCCUGCUGCACGAGGGGAGCCGGGAGCUGCUUGUGACUGUGGUGCCCAGUGCGGAGGUGGGCCAUCGGCUGCUCCUGUCCUGUUACACAGGCCACCUGGAGGUCCCGCUGAGGGAGCUGGUCAGCUAUCUGACAGCAGCGAGCGCACUGCAGAUGAGCCACGUGGUGGAGAGGUGUGCCCAGGCCGUCUCUCAGUACCUGGACCCCACCCUUGCCCACCUGAAGCUGGAGAGGAGCCCAGAGACCGAGGGAACUCCUCUACCACCACCAGACAGCGUUAAACCCCAACCCAGCUCAGCAAGUCUGGACGAGGGAGAGAUGGAGGGGGAGACCCAGGAGGACCCAGAGGACAGGGACCACAGCCUGACCUCAGAAGACAUUCUGGACAGUGUCCCCAUGGUACACACUAAUAGCACGUACCCUUACAGCCCGUACCCUUACCCGACGGGCGCCCACAGACGCAAGCAGCGCCCGCCCACGCCAUGCAGAGAGUUUAGGAAGAGGACCUUCCCCCCCAGCAGGAAAGUUCUGACGGGGGCAGAGUUUUCAGGACGGGGACAGGAGAUGCUCCUCCAGAGACCCUACCUGUGCAGGAAGUGUGACCGACGGUUCCACCACCUGGACAGCUAUGUGGGACACCUAAAGGAGCACAGGCUCUACCCGUGUCUUCUCUGUGGGAAGAGCUUCAGCCAGAAAAGCAACCUGACCCGACACAUCAGGGUUCACACAGGGGUCAAGCCUUUCCAGUGCCCGCUUUGCCACAAGACCUUUUCCCAGAAGGCCACGCUGCAAGACCACCUUAACCUCCACACAGGGGACAAGCCACACAAGUGCAACUACUGCACCAUCCACUUCGCACACAAACCAGGCCUCCGGCGCCACCUCAAGGACAUCCAUGGCAAGAGCAGCCUUCAGAACAUGUUUGAGGAGGUGGUGUGAGCCUGGGAGCUGCUGGACUUCUGCAGCAAGAGACUUCUGAGUUAAGCAUACCAGUGCCUAAAUGAAAACUACAAAGAAUUUGGACAGCAAAAAAUUCAAACUACAGAGAAUUAGAACUACAAAGAAUUAAAACUACAGAGAAUUAGAACUACAAAGAAUUAGAACUACAAAGAAUUAGAACUACAAAGAAUUAAAACCACAGAGCAUUAGAACUACAAAUAUUUAAAACUACAUAUAAUUAGAACUAUAAAGAAUUAAAACUACAAACAAUUUGAACUACAAACAAUUUGAACUACAAACAAUUGAAACAAAAAAUUAUUAGAACUACCAAGACAAGGAGGAAACUAGUGUAAAUGUAUUGCACUCAAUGUGUAUAUAUGCCAGUAUAUAUUCAACUUGUCUGCCUCUUUAAUGAUGUAGCUAGAGUUUUAGCACAGACCCAUGUCUAAAUGAAAACUAUGUAGAAGAACAGGCCAGGAGGGAGAAGUAGACUAAACUAGAGUGGAUUGAAAAGAUAUUGAAAUGACCAACUGAAGAUGAUCUUCCACUAGUUUGCCUCUUUCCUAAUGUGAUGUUUUUGCACUUUAUUUUCUCCCCCCAUCCAGAUACUCUAAUGAGUGUUUUGAUGGACUAGCACAGGAACAUACAGAAUCAGUCAACAAACUGUAGCUACAUCACUGCUAUUUAUAUUUUUGUGCAUUAGAGUGUGUACCCACAAGUGUGUGUGUGUAUUGUGUGUGUGUGUGUGUGUGUGU